GCUUGUAAAUCGCCUGAAAAGUGACGCAUAUAUUUUAGUUGGUAGUGAGUCGUGUGUCACGCGAUAGUACUGUGACACUUUUUUGUUGACUUCCAGUUCUCUUUUCUCAAAGUACCAAUUGAAGACGAGGACCAAGUUAACAUUUGGGACAAACCGGGAAAUUGAGACCGCGGAGAGGUCUGCGAUGCGUCCCUGUUUCUAAAAGGUCUUGUCGAAGUUUUUGGCAAGAGUUCUGUUUCUGUCAAGAGAAUCAAUGGCAGGCAGCAGGGAUGCUCAUGAAAACACCCCGCUUUUGGAUUCGGACACCAGACCGCCUGUCCCCUCAGUCUUCCAGGGAAGGAGACUCGCAUGUGCAGCCGUCCUGCUGGCUGAAUCGCUGGAAAGAAUAGCAUUUUACGGCAUCACGUCUAAUUUAGUGCUCUUUCUCAAUGGCAGUCCUUUUUAUUGGGAGGGUACCAAGGCCAGCCAGGCUCCCCUGAUGUUCAUGGGAAUAACCUACCUGAUUUCCCCCUUUGGAGGCUGGCUGGCAGACGCAUACCUCGGAAAAUUUGUGACAAUCGCCUCAAGUUUGGUUCUGUAUUUUAUUGGUAUGAUUUUUUUCCCAUUUAUUGCAAACGAAGACACCAGGAUACACCUGUGUGGGGAGGAGAGUGCCUUCCCCGUGCAACCCGCUGAGUGCUCAAACAGCACCCCACCAAAAAAUGUAACCUGUCUUUACCGUGAUCCAUACUGUGGCCCACUAAUCUACACUGGACUUCUUCUGAUUGCACUGGGUGUGGGAACACUGAAGUCCAACAUCACUCCAUUUGGGGCAGAUCAGGUUAAAGACAGAGGACCCGAGGCCACGCGGCGAUUUUUCAACUGGUUCUACUGGUGCAUCAACCUUGGAGCCAUACUGUCUCUGGGAUUUGUGGCCUACAUCCAGCAAAAUUUCAGCUUUGAACUCGGCUACAUCAUCCCCACUGUGUGCCUCGGGGUGUCCUUCCUUGUCUUUUUCUUGGGGCGUACUGUUUUCAUCACCAAGCCUGCUGACGGAAGUGCCUUUUCAGACAUGUUCAAGAUCCUUGGCUAUGCCUGCUGUUCAAAGAAACCAAAGGAGCCCCACUUGCUUCGUGACAAACCAACGCUGCUCGACAGUGCAAAAGUGACCUACGGGGGGAAAUUUCCAGAGGAAAAAGUGGAGGAAGUUAAAGCACUGUUGAAAACUCUUCCAGUUUUCUUUGCGCUCAUCCCAUACUGGACUGUGUACUUCCAGAUGCAGACAACAUAUGUCCUGCAGGGCCUCCAUCUAAGGAUUCCUGGUACAUCCUCAAACAUUACUACUGAGUCCCAUCAGAUGACGUUCCAGUUCCCGGCUGCGUGGCUCACUAUGUUUGAUGCAGUGCUCAUCCUCAUGCUGAUUCCUCUGAAAGACAAAGUGGUGGACCCUGUCCUGAAACGCCGCGGCCUGCUGCCCUCUUCUCUAAAGAGGAUUGCAGUGGGGAUGUUCUUUGUCAUGUGUUCAGCAGUGGCAGCAGGUAUUCUGGAGACCAAGCGCCUGGAGAUUGUCAAAUCAAAUGGUACCAUUAACCAGGUGCUUGGCAACGUUAUCUACUACGUCGCAGAUUUACCCAUAUGGUGGCAAGUGCCUCAAUAUGUGCUGAUAGGAAUCAGCGAAAUCUUUGCCAGCAUUGCAGGUCUAGAGUUUGCAUAUUCUGCAGCCCCCAAGUCCAUGCAGAGUGCCAUCAUGGGGCUCUUCUUUUUCUUCUCUGGGAUUGGCUCCUUCGUAGGCUCUGGUCUUUUGGCUAUUGUCUCCCUAAAGGCCAUUGGCUGGAUGUCAUCACAAAAAGACUUUGGCAAUAUAAAUGACUGCUCUCUGCACUAUUACUUCUUCCUUCUGGCGGGGAUCCAGGGUGUCACCUUGCUGGUCUUCCUGAUCAUCUCUGUCAAGUAUGACAAGCAGAGGGGCAAAGCAGCUGGCCAGCCCCAGAGACGCGCCUCUUCUUAACCCCCACCCACCCACUGCACCCGACAUCCCACUGACCCCAGUCAUAAAUGCCCUCCUUUUCUCUCCUCAGUGCCCACAAACGCUUUUCAGUGGUACUUACAGGAAGUAGUUUAUGUAGUCCAGUGUUAUUUAUUUUUAUGAUUUUUUUUUCUUCUUCUUAAACAGAAAUGGGUUUACAUCACUGACUGAAAAGCUACACCCGACAGUAUGGAGAGCCAUGCAGGAGCAGUGUUUAAAUCCUUUCUGCUGUGCUUCCCUCCUGCUGUGUGUUUGAUCUGGCUGCCUUUUUUGUGGAUCAUUUGCACACAACUCAAGGAGUACUGCCAUAUGAGUUUGACAGAUGUCUUUUUUUUUAAUUAUGACAAUGCUUCCUUUGUUUUUUUGGAGUUCUGAGAGACGUAUUUAAAAUCAUAUCUUAAUGAAAUUACUGUUAAUAAUGAUUUUUGUGUUUCAAAGAUAAGUAAUGAUUAUUUAGCGUUCAUUAUUUUUCUGACAACCUGAGCUCAUUUUACCUCGCACAUGUACUGAAGUUUGUGUUGAGAUCAUCUUCUUUUACAGUAUUGUUUGACACACUAUUCUGAAGGUGCCUUUUUGUAAAUGUAAGGAUUUUAGCCACCCAAACCCCAUAUUUUUAUGAAGUAUGAAAUAUUUAAAAUGUUGUCUUUUACUGAAAAGCAUCGAUGAGUCUGAUGUGAUCUGAAUUACAGGCGUCAAAUAAUGCCGCACAUCACUCCAGGUUUUGGUGUGUCCAGGCGUAGAUCUCUUCCGAAUCCAUCGUCUAGUCGCAUCUAAUAUUGAGAGAAUAAUCUGUCGUGUUUGUUUUCUUCUGCCUGUGAUUACAGUCCACACUGCAAAGCCGCAUAAAGCCUUCUCAUAACUCCACCAUGAAUCCACAGACAGUGCCUGACAUAAAAUGGGAUUUUCUUUUUUUGCUUAUGUUAACACGGCUACUUUGCAGAAUUUUACAUUGCAGGUCAAACCACAAAAUGAUUUCCCUUGAUGACAAACAUGUCAAAAUGACCACUUACAAAACCGGAACCUAAGAACAUGAGAUAUUAAUGUUUGGAUUUGUUGUAAGAUUGUAACAAAACAAAACAAAGGACAAAACGUCUGCAUUAUGAGGGUUUCAUCUGUGGCCACACAGAUGAAAUGUGGCCACAAAUGUGGCUUCAUUUGCUUUUAUUCUAUAAAAGACUAAAGUGUGCUUGUUUUUGUGUGUGAUUCAUGUGAUAUCGAAGUCAAACUGUUGGGAAAGCAUGUGCUUUUGUUUGCUUUUGGGGUUUAAAGAAAAACGUUUGCUGAUAAAGAGUAACUGUGGGGAAAAUAAAAUUGCCUCCAGGACUUAGGACAGAGUUUAUCAUGUGGCGUUUGUAAAGUGAUCUGAAUACUUUUAAGAUAAUAAAUUGCUUUUUUAUGCUUCUUUUUUUAUUUUUUCCCCAAAAUAUUUGUGACUUUUAUUUGAGUUAUGCCUGCUGAGGAUUUAGAACUGGAGAGUUUGUUUGUACUCCUCUAAAGACUGUAUUGGGGAUAAGUUUUGUUAAUACAUGACAUUGCUUAAAAAAUAAAGUACAGAGACAAAAA